AUGUCGACGGCAGCGCUGGGAUUUUCUGAGACGGAGCGCCAAGCAGCUUGGGCCGCGUAUUACGCCCAACAAGGCUACACGCAAGACCAGAUCGCGUCGAUGAUGGCAUCGUGGGGUCCCGGAGAGUCUGAAAACGCCGAGGCAUCCUCGAGCGCGCCGACGUACGACGCCAACCAAUACGACAAGGACGGCUACAAGAUCGGCUCGGUCGGGAGCGGUGCGACGGCGCCAAAGAACGUGCCUGUUUUAGGCGCCGAGCUACUGAAGCCCAAGGAGAAGCAGAAGGCGCCGUCUCACGGCAAGGCCCCGAAGCAGAAACAGUCGGUCAACAAGCAGCGCGACACGGUCAUCCGUACGGCGGGCGGGCGGACGUGGGAGGACCCGACGCUGGUCGACUGGGACCCUGAAUGGUACCGCCUCUUCGUGGGCGACGUGUCGAACGACGUGAGCGAGCGGACGCUCGACGAGGCGUUUGCCAAGUACCGCUCGUACUGCAAGUGCAAGGUGGUGCGCGACCGGCUGAGCCAGAAGGCAAAGUACGGGUUCAUCGCGUUCAAGGACCCAGAAGACUUCCUCAAGGCGUGGAAGGAGAUGGAUGGCAAGUAUGUCGGCAACCGCCCCAUCCGCUUGAGCAAGAUCAAGGAAGACAAGUACGGCACCAUCGAAACGACCGCGCUGAGCAACCGCAAGGCCAAGCAGAUGGACAAGCUGCGGCGAAACGGUGGGCAGGACAAGGCGCGUCCCAGUCUGUGGUAG